GUUUUCAGUUUAUACUCUUAGGGCCAGUUCACACUACAAAAAUGUCCUCCGUAUGCAUUCCGGAUACGUUUUUGGCUACAUUUCACACAACACUCCGUUCCGUUGCAGUUGUGAUGCAGUUUGCUAUGUUCCAGUAUGGUUCUGUGCAGAAAAAAAUGCAACAUGUUCUACUUUUUUUUCUGCACCAGAAACUGACUGGAACUGACUACACUGGUGUGAACCAGGGCCAUUGGAAUACAUGGAAAACACUGUGCAUGCAUUUUUGAUGCAGAAAAAAACCUCACUGGACUGAAU